CAUCGUUUCCCUUCAGACUCGGAAGGCAAGCGGUGAAGUCAAUCUCCGGGAAUGUGGGAAAUCAAUAUUCAGCCCAAAGACCGCGAGAUGCGCUAUAAAGUCAUCGGAAUCCGAGGACUCGACGACGAGGAGACAGUGUCCACGUUUCUUCCCAGUGAAAACCAGCGACCCGAUUUUAGAAACUGUAAACCGAUCGAUCCCAAUCGGAUUUGACUGUCAAUCAAGAAAAUAUUGCUGGCUUCUUCGAUCGAUGCAGGUCGUUGGAGAAGCGUUUGGAUGAAUAAAACAUUGAUACGCAAUCCUCACUGCAGAUCUCAGGAUGAGUUCGUUGAGGGCUAGUUCCUGAUCUGUUGCUGUGCAAGCAAGUUCGAUCUGGAUCUCAGAGAAGUAAUUUCAGUCUACUUCUUCAGCUGCAGCUUUCGAGUAUUUCGACAUGGGCCCAGAACCCAGUCUUCCAGUUUCCUUUCCCAUCAAAACCUUAGAGGAUCUCAAGGAUGGAACUUAUUACCGCUCUUUUCAUUACAUGUUCAACAAGAGCACAGUGCCUCUGAAGGGCGUUGCCACAGCGACAGCAAAGCGACCUCGCCUACUUGCCUGCCAUGAUUACAAAGGUGGUUACUUGGACGAUCAGUGGAUCCAAGGAUCUGAAAACGGCAGUGCCUACACAUUGACCAAUUGGCGUUUACUCGAUAUCUUCAUUUAUUUUUCCCACAAUCUGGUCACCCUGCCACCGCCGAGCUGGGUCAAUGCUGCUCAUAGGCACGGUGUUCAGGUUUUGGGUACUUUCAUAACAGAGUGGGAUGACGGGUAUGCAAAAUGCCAAGAACUGUGUGCCACAGAAGAAAACGCUAUUAUGUACGCUAGUCUCCUCGCCGAACUCGCUCAAGCAUUGGGUUUUGACGGCUGGUUGGUGAACAUCGAGAACAAGGUCAUAGACCUUGUUCCGAAUUUGAAAGUGUUCGUGAGCCAACUCACUGAUUCUAUGCAUGCGUGGGUGCCUGGCUCCACCGUAAUUUGGUACGACAGUGUCACAGUGGAUGGAAGCCUGCGUUGGCAGAACCGGCUGAAUGACAAAAAUAUGCCUUUCUUUGAGAUCUCAGAUUCGUUUUUUACCAACUAUUCGUGGCAGAAAGAGUAUGCCAAAGAGAGUGGAGAUUUAGCUGGUGAGCAUCGUAGAUUUGAUGUCUACAUGGGAGUGGAUGUAUUUGGGCGGAACACGUAUGGAGGUGGGGGGUAUCAGUGUGAUGUCGCCCUUAAAGCUGCUCGAGAGGCAGAAGUUUCAGCAGCUCUUUUUGCCCCUGGUUGGACCUAUGAAAAUAACAAAGAUGAUAAUAGAUGGUGGGGUUUGAUAGCGGAAUGUUGGUCUGAUGCUCGAUUAGAUCCGGUGCAGCUGCCCUUCUUUACCAAUUUCGAUGUCGGUCAUGGGAGAGCAACAUUCAUCGAAGGGAGACAAGUGUCAGAACUUCCGUGGAGUAACCUCUCGUGCCAGAGUCUGCAGCCUCUUCUACGUGUGGAAGUUUCUUCCUUGAAACAAGUCAGCAUCACUUCGAGUCGGGAUCCUCCAAUCUACAGUGGAGGUUCGUCUAUUCACAUGAUCGGAGACAUCAACACUGAUGAAUUAUGCCUAUAUCAACUUUAUCGCACUGCUGUCCACGUCGAGGAUUUACACCAUGAGACUUCGCUGGAUGUUUCAUACUCGGUCCGGGUAGAAAGCUCUUCAAAGUUUGCGCUCGUCUUGAAAACAGAGGAUCAUUUGGGUGCUUGUUCGAUCCACUUUUUGCUGGACAUGGAAGAGGAAGACAAUAAUGCAACGUCGAUAACUAAAUAUGAAAUCGGACACACCUCGGUUAUAUUCGACUAUUAUAAACGGAAAGGUGAAUGCAGGACUAGUGCAGACACUCGAGCUGAGGCCAGUGGAACAGAAUUCGAUUCCUGUAAGUCAUUGAGCAAUAGAGAAUAUACUUUAACCAAGGAGAAAUACACCAUCACAGGUGUUUUUGGUGUGUGCUCGACUGCCGAUGAUCUGAGACCUUUACUGAUCAAGCUGCUACACGAGAACGAGAGUGUCUUCGAACCAGGAAACUUUCUCGUCCAGGAGGAGAAGGAGAAAGAUGGAGAUGCACAAACAGAGGAAAUUAAGGCUAACUACCGUGCAGUUCUAGGUCAUAUCAGCCUCGCAGAUUCUUCCCAUGACUGUCACUUUUCAAACAAAGAUCAAAGGUUCGUGGGCACUAAUAUAUCUUGGGCGGAAGGAAAUGCGGGAGAGAAAUUUGUGAGUGUAAAGCUCGUUUGGAGAGGGCACGUUGAGAAAUUCACAUGGGAACGAUUUCAUGUGUACGCCAGAACUAGGCGGGACGAAGUGCCAUUGCAAUACUUGGGUAUGGCGAUGGUGGAAGCUUUUUAUGUUUAUGAACUUGCAGUCUCGAAGCAGGCGACUCCCAUCACUUUUUAUUUACAGCCACAAUGUUCGUGCGGGAAGGUUCAAGAUCUCAGUACGUGUCCUACCUACAAGAUUGAUGUACCCCAUCCUUCAUCCGCUGUUUGGAUGAGAUCGCAACCUUCUCUCAAAGAUUGGCUGUUUGUUUAAAACGUCAUAUCUCUUGACAAUCCAAAAUACCACGGAAGCUCAAAAUUUCUCCUCGGUUUUCAGCUUUAGCUUUAUUGAGCCUUAUUUAUCAUGUACAGCUUUAGAUCCCCUGUCAAUCAUGUACAGCUUGAUGAAAUGCCCACCUUGAUCAGGGUGGCAGCAAUAGUAUAAAGAAAAGAAAGUAAACUUGUUUUUUUACUUUCUAUAUUUGAGAUAGAGGUUUCGAUUGAGGAAUCGUUAUACAUUUCGUUUGCAAACGAUUGUUUUAACUUCCCUGGUUUAGGACUUUUGGGAGACUUGGCGGUUGCUUUUUCGUGGCUUCUGAUGUACAGCUGAAGCUUACGAGUUGUAGAUCGAAUAUUUUUCUGUUAGACCUGGCUGACAAAGCUCAUCCAUUUGGGAGGUCUUAAGGUAGUGUUGAUGUUAUUAUUAAACAACAUGAGACACUUUAUCAGGGCU